AUUCAAAUUGUUUGACAGUACAAAACAAGCUAACGUUGUGAAAUCAUUGUUAUUAUUGUGUGCAAAUUGUAAUCGAAAGAGUAUUAAAAAAUGCCAACGACGAACUAUGAUUCUCACAGCGAAGGCCCAGGCUUCGUGGGUAUUAGAUUUUGCCAAGAAUGCAACAACAUGUUGUAUCCCAAGGAGGACAAAGAAAACAAAAUAUUGCUGUACGCGUGCAGAAAUUGCGAUUACAAGCAACACGCAGAUUCCAAAUGCAUUUAUGUGAACAAAAUUAUGCACGAAAUUGAUGAGCUUACCCACAUUGUGCCGGAUGUAAUUUCAGACCCAACACUGCCCCGAACAGAAGAUCAUCCAUGUCCCAAAUGUCAACACAGGGAAGCAGUAUUCUUUCAAGCACAAACCCGAAGGGCUGAAGAGGAGAUGAGAUUGUAUUAUGUCUGCACAAGUCAGCAUUGCUCUCAUAGAUGGACAGAAUAAAUUUUAUACUUUAUUUUAUUUAAUAAUUGAUUAAACUACAUUUGUAUUUUUUGUAUUGUAAUUAAUAAUUUUUAUUGGAUCUUGAACGAGUAAACAUCGAUGGAAAUAUAACGUUGAAUUAGUGAAUAAUAAAUUUGAAUAGGGAAAAAA